GUGGACGGUCUCUUUUUAGUCUUAUUUAAUAAUAUCCAAAAGCUGUUAUGCCACAAAUUGCGUCCUUCCACCAUUCGGCAUGUCUUUGGUAUCUCAGGGAUGAGUUCCCUAAGUUUCAUGUUUAUGCCACUCGGGCCAACGUGCGCAAACGAGUAUAUUAUAAACCCAAUUUGCUGUCUGAAAACAGUGUUUCAAAAUGUCUGCCUGGCAGAAUCGUCAAGGCCAAACGCCGAGGUCAUGUGGAGAAAUGCAUGAGCUCCAUGCAGAUGGGAACCCAGAUGUUGAAGCUCCGCGGCAGCUCCAAGGGACUCGUGCGGUUCUUCUAUUUGGACGAACACAAGUCCUGCAUCCGCUGGAGGCCGUCACGCAAGAAUGAAAAGGCCAAGAUUUCCAUCGACUCCAUCCGGGAGGUGUGUGAGGGUAAGCAGUCUGAGAUCUUCCAGCGCUAUGCAGAGGGCAGCUUUGACCCAAACUGUUGCUUCAGCCUCUACUAUGGAGAACACAUGGAGUCCCUGGACCUGGUGUCCACGACUGGUGAGGAGGCACGCACUUGGAUCACAGGCCUCAAGUACCUGGUGGCUGGGAUCAGUGAUGAGGACAGCCUUGCUAAGAGGCAGCGCACCCGUGACCAAUGGCUAAAGCAGACCUUCACAGAGGCUGAUAAGAAUGGCGAUGGCAGCUUAAGCAUCAGCGAAGUUCUCCAUCUCCUGCACAAACUCAAUGUCAACCUGCCCCGACAGAAGGUCAAACAGAUGUUCAAGGAGGCAGACACAGAUGACACCCAGGGAACUCUGGGCUUUGAGGAGUUUUGUUCCUUCUACAAGAUGAUGUCGACCCGCAGGGAUCUGUACCUCCUCAUGCUUAGCUACAGCAACCACAAGGACCAUCUCAACACUGAUGACCUGGCCCGCUUCCUGGAGACUGAGCAAAAGAUGGCCAAGGUGAGUAAAGACCACUGCCUGGACAUCAUCCGCAAAUUUGAGCCGUGCUCUGAGAACCAAAAGCAAGAUGUUUUGGGAAUUGAUGGUUUUACAAAUUAUAUGCGCAGCCCAGCAGGGGACAUCUUCAACCCAGAUCACUACAGCGUGAACCAGGACAUGACCCAGCCCCUGUGCAACUACUUCAUUGCCUCAUCACACAACACUUACCUGAUGGGUGAUCAGUUAAUGUCACAGUCCAGGGUGGAUAUGUAUGCCUGGGUGCUGCAGUCUGGCUGUCGCUGUGUGGAAGUUGAUUGUUGGGACGGUCAGGACGGUGAGCCCAUUGUCCAUCAUGGCUACACCCUAACCUCCAAGAUCCUCUUCAGAGAUGUCAUUGAGACAAUCAACAAGUACGCCUUUGUCAAGAAUGACUACCCAGUGAUCCUGUCUAUAGAGAACCACUGCAGUGUUCCCCAGCAAAAGAAGAUGGCUCAGUACCUGAUUGAGAUCCUGGGGGACAAGCUGGAUGUCUCCAACAUCAAAGCUGAUGAAUCUGGGCAGCUGCCAUCCCCAGAAGCACUCAGGGGCAAGAUCCUUGUGAAGGGAAAGAAACUUCCUCCCAACAUAGACGAGAAUGCAGAGGAGGGAGAUGUGUCUGACGAGGACAGUGCUGAUGAAAUGGAGGAUGACUGUAAGCUGAUCAAUGGGGAUAUGUCAGCUGACAGAAACCAAAUAGAGAACAUGGCCAAGAAGAAGCUUGACAACUUGAUGAAGGAAUCCAAGAUCCGAGACAGAGAGGAUCCAGACAGCUUUACCAUCACAGCCCUCCCUCCUGCUGGGAAGACCAUGGAUAAAACUGGCAGUAAGGGUAAACGUAAGGAUGCGAUGGACACAGCAGAUGAGGCUUUUCCAAGCAGCAACAAGCGCUCAGGCCGCUCCUUCAUAGAGAGCUUCUCUAAACGCAAGAAAAAGGCAUCCAAGCUGAAGAAGGUCUCAAGCUUUGAAGACACAGACACAGACCAAGAAAGCACAAGUAGUGCUUCACGUGCCCCGCUGCAUCACAACAAAAAGAAGAAAACCAUGAAGCUGUCCAGAGCUCUGUCAGAUCUAGUCAAAUACACGCGGUCUGUGGGUCUCUAUGACAUCGAAGCACAAGCUAACUGUGGCUGGCAGGUGUCAUCUCUGAGUGAGACUAAAGCCCACCAGGUGAUGCAGCAAAAAGCAUCGUCCUUCAUUCAGUUCAACCAGCGGCAGCUGUCCCGCAUCUAUCCUUCCUCGUACCGUGUGGACUCCUCCAACUUCAACCCUCAGCCCUUCUGGAAUGCUGGGUGCCAGCUUGUUGCACUCAACUACCAGUCUGAAGGCCGGGUCCUCCAACUCAACAGAGCCAAAUUCUAUAGCAAUGGCAACUGUGGCUACAUCCUCAAACCGGCCUUCAUGAGCGAAGAUGCCUUUAACCCCAACGUGGAAGACCCCAUUCCUGGUCAGAUGAAGAAACAGCUGGUGUUAAAGGUCAUUAGUGGACAACAGCUGCCCAAACCCAAAGACUCAAUGCUGGGAGACCGAGGAGAGAUCAUUGAUCCCUUUGUGGAAGUGGAGAUCAUUGGCCUCCCAGUGGAUUGCUGCAAGGAACAGACCAGAGUGGUGGAUGAUAAUGGUUUCAACCCGAUGUGGGAGGAGACUUUGGUGUUCAUGGUUCACAUGCCCGAGCUGGCCCUGAUUCGUUUCCUUGUGUGGGAUCAUGACCCAAUUGGCCAGGACUUCAUUGGCCAGCGUACCAUUGCCUUUAACAGCAUGAUGCCAGGCUAUCGCCAUGUGUACUUGGAAGGAAUGGAGGAAGCUUCCAUCUUUGUUCAUGUAGCUGUUAAUGACGUCACUGGUAAGGCAAGAGCAGCCAGCGGCAUAAAAGGGUUGUUUCACAGAAACCCAAAGCAGGCUUCCCUGGACAGUCACACUGCUGUACAGCACAGCCGUAAGAAACCGUUUGGGGCCCACCUCCUGCGCCGCACGGCCAGUGCACCUACCAAAGGUCAACCCAAAAUCAAGAAAGGUUUACCAGACAUUGCAAUUGACACCAAAGACUACAGCUCAGAGGGAGCUAGUGAGGAACGAGAGUCCGGGGAGGGAGAAAAGGCUUCUGCUGCUACCUCUCAGCACCACAAUGGGGAUUCACUGGCACCCCAACAAACCAAGGGACCGUGGAACCAUUCCGACACAAAUUUUCAUCCCGAGGAAGGUAAAGAUUGUUCUACAGUACACAGACCAGAUGCCCCUCUUCCAUUUCUUGCACUAAACCCCAGAAGACACCGAGAGCAUUCGUUCUGUUCAUCCUGCCUCCACUCAGGAAGAAUAUUCACAUCGCUCCUCAUUUACAUCAGUACAUUCAACACAGCACACCAUUCCUUCAAAUGGGAUGGUACACAGUCCUAUUGUGGUGAAUGGAGAUGCUAUGAAACCUUCUACAGUUUCCAAAACCACAUCCCUCUUCCUGGCAAACCCUGUUGAGAAAAUGUUACUAUCAGGAUACAGUAAAGACCCCAAAACCAACAAAAACACUUAUUUUUACAUGGAGCACAAAUCAAACCAAACCAGGACACUACAGCAGAAACAAAAAGUGAUUCAAGAGUUAAAGUCUGAUGACCAAGCAGAGCUACCUCCUCAUGCAACCGUGUCGGCUAGAACUCCUGCAGUCCCUCCAGCUCAGAUUAGGAGAGCUUCUUUUAGCCAAGUGCCAUCUCACAUUCCAAUAAGAAGAACAAAAAGUGAGGGCCAUGCUCGAGGAGAUGUAACCUCUGCUAGGUUGGCUCAGUCAGCAGUACCAGAGAUCUGUGCAGAUGCUACCGUGAAUGAUUGUUUUUGGAGGAAACUGGAGGCAGGCAACCACCACGGCAGCAUAUCAUCCUCCUCUAGUAUCUGUUCAAGUGACACUGCCAUUGAAAUCUCUCUAACCUGGCCAGAAAGAGUCUCAACAGUCUAUCUACAGCCAGCAAUACCUGUGACGCUUCCUGGGCCAGCUGCUGUCAUCCAGCGUUUGUCUGCGACGAUGCAAGAGCAAGUCAAACCUCAAUCUUUAGCAAAAUGAGUGCCCCAAAGAUCAGCUUAAUCUCUGUCUUCUGCAGAACCACUGGUAGAGUGAGCCAGCAGAGUGAGUCAAAGGAGCCACACCUGGAGCCAGAUCUUCAUAGAGGAACUGAAGCAAUCUUCAUCCCCUCCAGCUAUAUCCACAACAGCUACAGCUUCUUUGUCCAAAUAGCCUUGGAGAUCUGACCUCUGAUGACAUAUGGUGCAACUUUGAUAGUAAGUACCACAGCAUCAUCUGCAGUUUCACUGUUAGGCAAACCAAAGACCAAUUCCCAAAUGGCAGCCCACAGAACUCAGCCAGUCACUUUACAGAACACUUACGGAAGCUGACUGAUGUGGAGCCCCUGACUGCUGGAGAUUUCGCUUCACGGGUCUAAAGAAUUCCCAGAAGAGCAAGGUGAUAAGACCCUGGUUCGAGGGACUGCCUCCAGGAGCCAAAGCAGAGUGUGGUACAUUACAAACCGGGCCAGGGAGGCCCAGGAAAGACUGAAGCUUCAAAGUGUUCCAGUACAGAGGUGCAAGCUUUAGGCUUACUCUUAGCACUGGUAGUAGCCCCAUUGCUUGGGAUCCCCGAAGGUGCUUGUUUCAUGUCCCAGAGUCCUUGCAGAUGCCCUGCACAUGCCUCCCCUAUACAAUCCCAAACCUCCACCGACCCUGAAAACAUUACAGUUUCUUUUUUGCUCAUUCUCUAAGAACUGGCUGACUUUAAACUGAUUGUAAGAGAGAAAGCCUGAAACUAGUAUGGAAUAAAUUUGCUCCAGCAGAAAACUUUUUUAUUUUAUUUAUAUUAUUAAUCUUUUCUUUCUUGUAGAAAAAGCUGCAAAUCUUGCAAAAUACUGGUCUAAAGAAAGGUGUUUUACCACUUAUUAGUAAUCCAUGAACAAUCUGUUUGACAUUUAAAUGUUGUAUAUUUUGAACCAAUGAUGUACAUUUUUUGUGCAAUCAGGAAACGUCUUGAAAAUGUUCAACAAAUACUGAAAUCUGUUUGCACAAAAUGUUAGAUAUUCUCCAGAAUGUGUUUAGUGACAAAUACCAGGAAUUUUUUUUUUUAUGUUGGUUUCGUUGGCUAUCAUUUGCUCUCAUGUUCAAGGGUUUUAUUCGUUGUUUCUUUUUUUUUUCUUUUUUUUCUUUUUUUUUACAAAUACAGUAGCAAUACACGUUUACAUGUUUUUCAAAGACGUGUUGUUUUUAUUUACUUGAAGUGGAAUAACUUACUUUGGCUGUGGUAAAAGUUAGAUACUAUAUGCAUUUUUAUAAGACCGUUAAUCCACUAGCAAUAUUUUUUAAACUGAUGGCAUGGUAUCAUUGUGGAAGAUGUGUAGUUCAAUGCUAAAAGCCAAGGUUCAUCUCAUGUUUUUGCUGAAGAAAGGAACGAUUCUUAAAGUUCUUCAUUUCUCUUUGUGUAGUAGUUACAGUGUAAUUUGACCAGGUUUUGCUAACAUUCUCAUCUGUGGCAUGCUGCAGCAUUUAGAUGCUGUGUUUUGAAGCAGUGCUGUACUACCAAGUUUUAGCCCUUUUAUGCUGACUGCAUGUCUUUUAUGUACUGUAACCUUUAUCCGAAUCUUGUGCUUUUUUUUGCAAAUAUAUUUUAUAUGAAAAUUAAUAUUCUAAACACUGUUUUUAUCAUCUAAUGAUGAUCAAAAUGGCAUCAUGUUUGAAACCCUGCGUUUCCAGUAGUUUGUGAUACUAAAAUAAGAUGAAAAUUAUGCAUUUCAAAGCACGUUUAUUCAUCAGCAU